ACAUAUUUGAGAUGACAAAUAGUAUAUACAAAUAUUAGGUUUAGAAUCUGAAUGAACUAAUAAUAUAAAAAUGGACUCGCACUCGACGCGCGUGUCCAGGCCAGAUUCGGUAUCUGUAAACUCGAUGGGGGUUGAAGAGGACGUCUAUGAGGAUACAUAUUUAACGGAAACAGAUCAGCCAGUGCCUCCGCCAUCGGUUCAUAUGAAUCACUCGAUUUACUAUGGCUGUUGCAUUAGCAAAGAGUAUUAUAUGGAGUACGUAAACCUGGUGGAAAGUCUGCAUAUUACGCCGCGUUUGAUGAUACAAAGGAAACCGUUUCGAAGGAAUUCCUUAUACGGCUUAACGCUAACGAUUCGGAACACUGGACUGUAUCCGCGCAAGAUCUUGAUCACUACGGAUAGUCCCAGCGAUACAUCAAUUUACAUACAUGAUCAGGAAAUAAAUACCUUCAUUGAAACGGACAAAAUACUCAAUGUGAAAGUCAAUAUACGUAGCACAACUUCGAAGCAUAUUAAUCGACCUCGUUUCAUAUUCAUAAAAUCGUUUCAUCCCAAUAUCACGUUUGAAGUGCCCAUCAUCGUCUUGCAGGACUUGAUCGAACCGUUCAUUUCGCAGCAAAUAACACUGCCGCCCACGGUGCCCAGGGACAAAUCAUAUUACGAAAUGAUUAUAUACAAUCCAACAAAGAAUCCCAUAAAUGUCAAGUUCAGAAAUAGCUUCAGUGGACUCAGCCUACACUAUUUGAACAAACACAUGAUAGUUCCACAAGACUAUUUCAAGGUUUUGGUAAAAUUUGAUCCGAAGAAAUUGCGGGAAUACAAUGGCUUCUUUAACGUCAAAUUUGGAAGCAGUCCACCCAGGAAUAUAGUGUUCAAUUAUGUACCGAAAUCGAUGAGCGUAUAUGUUAAUCGAUGUUUUUUAAACUUUGGCCAGAGCAAAUUUGGUGAGCAAGUUCAGCGCUCGUUUACUAUAUGCAACGAGAGCCCUCAUUCUCUGUGGGUGGGUUCCUCGUUCUAUACCAAAGAAAGCGAAUUUGAUGCAACCCUCGAGGGUUCUCCACAAUCUGGAAUAUCGCAGAAGAUAAUUGAAUCGGCAGUUAGCAUGCAUAGCGUUUUGAUAUUCGAUUUUGAUGAUGAUGACAAAAGCGAGACUCUUAACUUUAACGAGUCAGCUAACAUUCAAUUUAAUGUACAGUUGCCCCACCAACUGAGGCCGAUGUCAACCAAUGAAAUAGCAAUAUCAUUUCGACCAGUCGACUCCAACGAAAUUUCCGACAAUGAGAUACCACCUUACGAAGAGCUCACCAAAAUCAAUCUCUGUUUCUCAGAUAGCAUGGAGUGCAUAGAAUCGCAUUCUAUUAUCCUCAGUGGGGAGAUAAAGGGCAUUGAAGUGGAGAUCUUUCCGAAGGUAAUUGACUUUCGAAAGAUCUAUUUGGGCGAGGAGCAUUGCGCAUUCAUCAAGGUCUUAAACGUGGAUGGUGUUGUUGCCAAGGUAAAAUACGUGGAGUGUCUGGAGAAAGAUAUCUGUGGCGUGCGCGUUACCCCCGAUGAGGGAUUCAGCUUACAGCCGUGCGAACGUGGCAUCUUCCAUUUAUCAUUCUUUACCAUUGUGCCAUCACGUUUCUUCGUGACGUUGCGUUUCAAGGUGACGAACGGCUUAUAUUACGAUGUAAGCGUAAAGGGCAUUGGCCAACACAUUCAGCUGCGCACAUUCCCUCAACUGGUCGAAUUCGGCAACGUUCCGUUUGGGGUGCCACAGAAACGUUUUAUGCUCCUUAUGAAUCCAUUGGCCGUUCCCAUCACACUGCAGGUGAAGCCCACGGAAGAUGGCUUGGAACAGCCUUUGGUCUUUAAUGUACGCGAGGCGGACGUGUUGCCCAUAACAAUCAGAGAUCCCAUCAAACAAUUGCAGCAAGUGCACGAUGAUCUGGCCGCGGAAGUCGAUCUGACUGAUAAUAUUCAAAUAACGACUGAUGAGUUGGAAACGGAAUCCAUGAAAUCGUUUUCAAUCAACGAAUCCGAAUAUAGUAUUCAAUUUGAAGAGGAUAUCAUGGAUUGCAUACCUGAUAUGGCUGCCCAACUGCUGAAAAAUCUAAAGAAACAGAAGAUUUUCGACAAAUCGGAAACGGACAAACGCGUCAUUCAGGAGGCUUUGACCAGUCUCUUGAAUACGAAUUACUUUAAUAUAAUGAAGACGCACAACAAUUUCAUAUUCCUUGACUGGAACGCCAUACCAAGCUAUCCCGCCGAAGUCUAUUGCGAUAACGAGAUUAUCUAUCUCAGGCCAAAUACUGGACGUAGUAUAACCAUAUUGAUCGUACCAAAUCGCGCCGGCUACUAUCAUCGUUCGCUGACCGUGCGGAUCUGUCCGGCUGUGCCCGUGGCUAGCUCGGAGUCCUCUAAUGAGCAGCAAAUGAAGAUGCUAAUCAAAUCGGAAUAUCUUUGCUCAAAACUCUGGUUCGAUUACAACUGCUGCAUACCAGAGAUCGUCUGGGAGAGCUAUGUCAAUCUCACCGAGCGCAUUAUGUAUGCGGGUGAGGAAUAUACCUUUGAAAUGACAUUCGACAAUAUCUCAAAUAUCGGUGGAUUCCUACACUUCGAUGUUAUUCCAAACGAAAUGGGCUUUAGCGAUGGCAAUUGGAAGUAUUAUCUUGGCUCCAAUUCCCGUUCGACAGCCCAUUGUUUUGUCGUGUUCCGUAUUCUAGGCUCCAACAAACUGUCGGGUCUCAUCAAAAUUGUCGGCGCUCCACACUCGUUUCCCUUUCAUUUGUUUGCGAACGUGUUGCCCACGGAAAUACACAUUUCGCAGAUGUCUGUGUAUGUUCGUCUGAAGGUUUGCGAAGAACACAAGCAUUAUCUAUAUAUCGACAAUGUCUCGCCGACAAAUACGGUGCUCUCCAUGAAACUGGAAAACAUCGAAUUUCAGUACCUCACAACGAGAGGUGGGAAGUUGUCGCCGACCGGUCAGAGCAUGUACACAACUUUGGUAUCAAUGUUUCCAGAUCCAGAUCUGUAUCACAACGUAUUAUACAUUGAUCUGCAGUUUGAUAACAUCAUGGAAAUACCAAUAACAUUUUUGGUGGAGGGAGUGCCAAUAUAUUUUGAUCCCGAUAUAACCGAUGGCUUAGAUGCGGGUCAACUCUUUACGGAUACCCGCGAAAAUUUUAUGAACAUGAUCUAUCCUUAUCAUUUCAGCGUAAAACUGACCAAUAGAGGAUUUCGAUCGUAUCGCUUGAAUGUGACACGCCUAACCACCUACAAUCCGGCCAAGAAGACAAGCUCCUGUGUCAAUCAGCCGCUGACGGCUCGCUUUGACAUACAACCCAAAGUCGUGGAAUUGUAUCCGCGGGCGGAUGAGUUCAUCGACAUAAUGAUGACUAGCUAUGAGGAAGGCCUUUACUUUUGUGACUUUAUGUUGGUCGUGACGGACCUGAAAUAUCCGCAACGCAAGCAUGUGAUACGUCUGACAGUUCAGGCACAGUUUGUGGAAGGCCAGCUGAAUUGGGAUCGCAGGUCACUCAGCUUUGAUUUCCAGGCCAGUUAUCCACUGAAACAGCGCCCGCAGACACGCUCAGCAAUGCUGUGCAGCCAAGUGAAUAUACCCUUUAAGGAUGUACUUCUCGAGGUUGUGGGUCCGUUUCGUAUCAAGGCGCUGUACGAACAUGCAUUUGAGAAGGAGAUCAAUGUGUCUUUCGAUGCCUUGGAGCAAAAAGAAAUUUUCGUCACUCUCAAUAACUCAACAGUGAAGCAACUCGCUUGCAAAAUAAUCGAGGGACGCAUCAAUGUUCAGGCCGUAGGCAAACAGCAGAAAUAUCUGAAUCUACGGCUAUCCGUGCUGGUGCCCGAAAUCCAUAUAGUUCAGCCCGAGCUGGUGCUAUUCGAUCGUGGUCGUCCAUUCGACUACUAUGUGAAUAUCAUCAAUGAUGGCACCACCACAGCCGAUUACAAAUGGAAGCGCAUUGAGGAGUCCGAUGUGUUCAUUGGUGACAAUGAUCCCGACGAUGUGGUUGCCGAACUUCUCUCCGACAUCAUACGCACCCUGGAGUACAACUUUAGCUGUGCGGAGGAGGAGAACAUGACGUUGCGAUAUCAGCAGUGUCGCUGCCAGUUCCGCCGCGAGCACGAGCAUGACUCCCUGAUCUUCGAUAUAAUCGAGGAGAUUCUCAACGAACUAGAUCUGAGCCAUAGUCGAUUCCACAUACCCCUAGACGCAAUCCCCGACAUAUACGAUGACAGCGAUGCCUGCAGCGACACGAGCUAUGUCCAGCACACAAUUAACUACAUUUUGAGUAAACUGAACCUUGAGUCCAGCCAGCGACUAUCCGAGCCCUCCUCCGAAUACUGCUACUCGGAUCGCUUCAUUUACUUCUACGAAAAGGCGGGACAGGUGGCGCAGGUAGAGAAAAAGCAGUGUCUGAUGCAUUUGCCACAUACUCGUCGCUCGCAUGAGGUGAAGGCCCUGUUCCAACUGGAUGUCGUGGGCGGAAGCAGUCAAUAUUUGUCCGUGACUCUGGUCAAUUUGCCGCAGAAAAUUAAAUUUCUAAAAGAUAAUAUCUAUCUCAACGUCCGGCCCUGGUACGAGUCGUUCAACGCUGUAAUCCGCAUCUCGAAUGUCACCAAAUAUGUUUUACAAUUAAUUAUUACUGGACCAGCGAGCAAUGAAAGGCAACUAAUCGAUGGCUUUGCCAAAAUAAUGCAAGAUGAGGAAAUGUUCAUGGAACCACUGGGCAUCGACAAGGUCAAAAUAUCGGGCAUUUUGGGCCUAAAUGAGAACUUUCAGCACAUAUUUAAGGUGCUGAUCAACAACACGGCCAAUAGCCAAUUCCGACUUCGCGGUCAGGGUAUAUUGCCCAUAUUGAGUUUAACGACGUCCUUGCCCAUGGUUGAGCAGAGCAGGGCCGAGAUUAUAGAAGAGUACGACUAUAUGCGUAAGAUUUACAAUUACGAGACAUUCAAGAGCAUUACGCAUACCGACAAAGAGCCAAUUGGCUUGUUGGAGGAGGAGGCACCACAGGAGCAAAAGAUAACUAGCGAUUUCAGUGAGAUCUCCGAGAGCGACAGCGAGAUGCCCAGUGAUCGUCAGCGCUACCAUGACAUACUGCUCUUCAAGAUGGUGCAGACCUAUGUGCUGGUCAAUAACAAUCAGUCGCUACCCAAUGGCGUGGUGCUCAACCAAAUGCUCGUCACAGAGCGUUACCUGCACCGACUGCGCGUCAAUCCGAGCCUCUUAACACAGCAUCACAAGGUUUAUCAGAGCUAUGUCAACCACAACAAGCCGCAAGGCUACAGACUGCCCAUCACUGCCAGACACUUCACUGUGCAGCCGCUGCCCUGCGAACAGCUCGCCUAUGUCCUGAAUCUGGGUCCCCUGGUACGUAAUAGCUUGCGUCGCUUUGAAUUGCGCUUCCAUUUCUUUGGACCCGGCAAGCUGAUUGCAGCAGCCCGCACCGCUGUUCGCAUUCCGGGUCUCUAUGUGGACUUUAGCAUAGAAAAUCAUACCGAAAAGAAGUUCACGUUUUGGGCCGAGAAGUGUACAGAGCCAGAGUACUUCAACAAGACCUAUCGCAAUAUGUGGGAACGUUUACUGGAUGCGGAUAAAAAUCCCAAAUUGAAGCACGCCCACUCAUUCGAUUUCGAAGAUUUCAUCCAUCAGCGUGAUAUAGCCAAUAUGGAUCGUCGCCUGAUCGAUGAAUACUAUAAUAGCUUGAACCUCUCCGUUUAUCCCGAUCACAAGCAUCAUUUCACGCUGGCACGCGUCCAUACGUCAUACCAUUCCAAUUUCUCCGGCAUUGAGAUGCGUAUGGUGGGCUACUUUAAGCCAGAGUCCAAGUACUAUGCGAUCAAUCAACAUGUUGUGGAUUAUAUAUAUAUUGAUCUCCACAUGGGACCCACUAUGCCCAUUGCACUGCAUGGCGUCAUCAAGGCCCGAUGAACUCUGGAUUUUUUUAUCGCUUUAUUGUAAUCGAUAAACAGACAAUGUGCAACUAGUUGAGUAUUAAGUGAAUAAAAAAUUGCCA